ACUCAGUUUACACGUCAUCAGUUUGCGUCGGUUAGACUGUAACGUGCAUAGCGUGUCGCAUGUACACAGGAGCUAAAGGGAUAAAUUAACAAAUAUAAACAAUUGUUUUUGAUAAAAUAUCAAACAAGUUAAACUUUUGAGAUACUAUGGAUGAUGAAGAGGAAACAUACAGGCUAUGGAAGAUCCGUAAAACCAUCAUGCAGCUGUGCCAUGACAGAGGCUACCUGGUGACUCAGGACGAGUUGGACCAGACGCUGGACGAGUUCAAGAGUCAGUUUGGAGACAAACCCAGCGAGGGUCGGCCCCGGCGCACAGACCUCACCGUGCUGGUGGCGCACAACGAUGACCCCACCGACCAGAUGUUCAUUUUCUUUCCUGAGGAGCCAAAGGUUGGAAUCAAGACGAUUAAGAUGUACUGUCAGAGGAUGCAGGAGGAAAACAUUACACGAGCCAUCAUUGUUGUUCAGAUAGGCAUGACACCAUCAGCCAAACAGUCUCUAGUUGACAUGGCCCCCAAAUACAUUUUGGAACAGUUCCUUCAACAGGAGCUGCUCAUUAACAUCACAGAGCACGAGCUUGUUCCAGAGCACAUCGUUAUGCUAAAAGAGGAAGUGGUUGAACUUCUGCUAAGAUAUAAACUAAAGGAAAGUCAGUUGCCGAGGAUCCAGGCUGGAGACCCCGUGGCUCGCUACUUUGGCUUGAAGAGAGGACAGGUAGUAAAGAUCAUCAGACCCAGUGAAACAGCUGGGAGGUACAUCACAUACAGACUGGUGCAGUGACAGACAGUUAUUCUCCUGUAUAAACAUUUGAGGACCAGUGAAGGAAACCUGCGAUGUUACAUCUUUCAUUACGCAUCCGUGGACGAUCCUUCUACUUUUGAAUUGUUUAAAUUGUUUUCUUAUAUUUUCUGACUUUGUAAAAUAAAGUAUUCCAAAAAAGAAAA